AUGUGCUGCAUGCCAAGAAGACCAAGAAUUAACUGCAGAAUUCCCCUAAAGAAUCCUCCAAAUCGUGGCUCUUCCUUUGGUUUCUCAGUGUUUAAUUUGAUGAAUGCAAUCAUGGGAAGUGGGAUACUUGGCUUAUCCUAUGCUAUGGCCAACACAGGGAUCUUUGGGUUUAGUAUCUUGCUGCUGAUUGUUGCCAGCCUUGCUUCUUAUUCUGUAUUUCUUCUGCUCAGUUUGUGCACUCAGACUGCUGUCACAUCUUAUGAAGACCUUGGCUUAUUUGCAUUUGGAUCAACUGGAAAGGUCCUUGUUGCAAUUACAAUAAUUAUCCAGAAUAUUGGAGCUAUGUCAUCUUAUCUUUUAAUUGUCAAGUCUGAGCUUCCUGGUGCUGUUGCGGGGUUCUUAAGUGGAGACGAGAGUGGGUCUUGGUACCUUGAUGGGAAACUGCUGCUACUGAUUACUUCAGUCUGCAUUGUUUUUCCUCUGGCUCUUCUUCCUAAAAUUGGCUUUCUUGGCUACACAAGUAGUUUAUCAUUUUUCUUUAUGGUGUACUUUGCUCUUGUGGUUAUGAUAAAAAAAUGGUCGAUCCCAUGUCCUCUACCUCUGAAUAGUGCCAUAGAGACUUUACAGGUUUCAAAUUCUACUGGGGACUGUAAAGCAAAGCUCUUUCAUCUUUCAAAAGAGAGUGCUUAUGCAAUACCAACUAUGGCCUUCUCAUUUCUCUGCCAUACCUCAGUCUUACCCAUCUACUGUGAGCUCCAAAGUCCAUCCAAAAGUAGAAUGCAGAAUGUAACUGUCACAGGAAUUGGUCUGAGUUUCCUAAUUUACUUUAUGUCUGCUCUGUUUGGGUACUUGACAUUUUAUGACAAAGUGGACUCUGAAUUGCUACAGGGUUACAGCAGGUACCUGCCACAUGAUACUGUCAUCAUGACUGUUAAAGUAGCUGUCCUGUUUGCUGUGCUUCUGACAGUCCCUCUCAUCCAUUUCCCAGCAAGGAAAGCUGUAUUGAUGGUAUUUUUCUCUCAUCUUCCUGUGUCUUGGAUCUGCCAUAUCCUUGUCACUUUAGCACUCAACGCAACUAUUGUUUUGUUUGCAAUGUACGUGCCAGACAUUAAGAAUGUAUUUGGAGUAGUUGGUUCAACCACCUCAACAUGUUUGCUUUUUGUAUAUCCUGGACUAUUUUAUCUUAAACUUAACAGAGAGGACUUUUUAUCACCACAGAAACUUGGGGCCUGUGCACUGGUUAUUUUUGGCAUUUGUGUUGGCCUUCUCAGUUUAGUUGUAAUAAUUUUCAGUUGGAUUGAUCAAUAACAGCCUAUUGUCACUGUCUGAACUGAG